GGGUAUAAAAGUAAUCGUGGCCCCCGCUCGUAGCAAGUGGAAGGCACUUGGAAUGAGCUUUGUGAAUUCGUCACUCAUCUUAUUUGUCUUCGUUGCUACUCUAACCAGCUGGUGUGGGUUAGCCCAGACGUUGAAUAAGCGUCAGUGGGAUUCGGAUUCCGAUUGGUGGAAGCGAGAACAACGUCAAAAUGAUGGCAGCAUAUCAGAUCGAGAGUAUGAUAAUUGGCGAAGCAGUAUUGAAAGUGACAACGCAGGCAACCAAGACUCCCUUAACUCGGAUACAAGGAGAACUGAAUCACAAGGAAGGAAUAGGCAGAAUGACAAAGAGGCAACUCCUUACCAAAAGCAGACGAAUAAAGCCGGUCCACGAACAAAGAAAAGACAGAUAGUGAAUCCGAACUUGAGUCAGGGUUCAGAUCUGGAUCCGAAUCGGAACCAACUUCAGAAUGCAAACCAGAAUCCAAAUUUGAAUCCGGGGCAGAAUUUAGAUGAAAAUUCAAAUCUGAGUAACAACCCAUCUCAACCUAACAGGUUGCAAAAUGUUCCGAUUACUGGCAAUAGGGGUACGGGCGGGGAUGGUACAUAUGGUGUUUAUACCCAGCCGUAUUCUCAGAACAACUUGGUCAGAAAUACGUGAAAUUGUGUCUAUCCUAUUUGUUUGCGAUAAGUGACGCAUCAGUCUGAAGUUCCAUUGUAAUAACUGCCGUAUAAUUGUCAUUAACCGCUACAAAGCUGUAACUUAUUUUCCCUAGUUUAUCCGUUUAGUUAUUUCUGCUAACAAGCGGUUGAGCAGUUGGCACUCAUAAAGUAUAUUGAUCGUUUCAAAAACAGAACUUUCUGGAGUAAAUGAUAUUGCUUUGCCGG